AUGUCCUACUUCUUCUCGACGCCGCUCGAUAUCGAUAUUGUCCUCGAUGACACGGACGACAGGCAAGUCAUUGACCUCAAGCUCGAGAAGAACAGGAGAGAAAAGGCCCCACUGUACAUGGACGGCGAGUCUGUGAAGGGAGGAGUGACGAUACGUCCAAAGGAUGGCAAAAGGUUGGAGCACACGGGAAUCAAAGUGCAAUUCAUUGGCACAAUUGAAAUGUUCUUCGACCGAGGUACCCACCACGAAUUUCUCACGCUCAAUCAAGAGCUCGCAGCACCGGGCGAUCUGCAACAUCCCCAAACUUACCCGUUCAACUUCAAGAACGUCGAGAAGCAGUACGAAUCCUAUAUCGGCAUCAACUGCAGGCUUCGCUACUUCAUCCGCUGCACCGUCUCCCGACGGAUGGCGGACGUGAUACGUGAGAAAGACAUAUGGGUGUACAGCUAUCGCAUUCCUCCGGAGACCAACUCUAGUAUCAAGAUGGAUGUAGGUAUUGAGGACUGCCUUCAUAUAGAGUUCGAAUAUUCGAAGAGCAAGUAUCAUUUGAAAGAUGUGAUCGUUGGAAGAAUUUACUUCCUGCUCGUGAGAUUGAAGAUCAAGCACAUGGAACUCAGUAUCAUCAGGAGAGAGACGACUGGUGUGAGCCCCAAUCAGUACAACGAGAGUGAGACGCUCGUGCGAUUUGAGAUUAUGGAUGGGAGCCCGAGUCGAGGCGAAACCAUACCCAUAAGGCUCUUCUUGGGCGGAUUCGACCUGACGCCUACAUUCAGAGAAGUGAACAAAAAGUUCUCAACACGCUAUUACCUAUCGCUAGUUCUAAUAGAUGAAGAUGCACGUCGUUACUUUAAGCAGUCAGAGAUCGUCCUCUAUCGGCAAGCUCCUGAAAUCCUCGCCGAGCAAGCUGAACUUGCGAAACAGCAACCGAGCGUGCAGAUUGCAGCGCAGGCGCCGCCCCCGCAGCAAACCCAGCAGCAAAGGGAGCAACAACGCGAACAAAGAGCAGUGAUUGCAGCGGCUUAG